AUGAAUCAACUGCUUGUCAACGUAAUGACGGGUUUAGCUGCACUAACUACGUUGCUUGCUUGGUUGUUGGUCUGUUCGCCGAGCGACGGGUUUACACUAACUACGUUGCUUGCUUGGUUGUUGGUCUGUUCGCCGAGCUUGGCAGUUGGAUUGCAAACGUUUCAUCACCAAUCGAUCGAGCAUCGUCAGUGCAGGGUUGAGUGGUUCACUGGUUUCUUUUGUUUCACGUUUCAGGCUUUGUCUGACCGGGUCGUGUUCUACACUCCGGACCAUGACACCAAAAUCGCUGGUCUGUACGAUCUGCAGCACACGAUUGGACGGGGUCACUAUGCCGUAGUUAAACUUGCUCGUCACGUUUUCACUGGGGAGAAAGUUGCGGUCAAGGUCAUUGAUAAAACCAAACUUGACGAUGUUGCACAAGAUCACCUCUUCCAGGAAGUUGUAUGUAUGAAAUUAGUCCAACACCCAAAUGUGGUUCGUCUGUACGAGGCUUUGUCUGACCGGGUCGUGUUCUACACUCCGGACCAUGACACCAAAAUCGCUGGUCUGUACGAUCUGCAGCACACGAUUGGACGGGGUCACUAUGCCGUAGUUAAACUUGCUCGUCACGUUUUCACUGGGGAGAAAGUUGCGGUCAAGGUCAUUGAUAAAACCAAACUUGACGAUGUUGCACAAGAUCACCUCUUCCAGGAAGUUGUAUGUAUGAAAUUAGUCCAACACCCAAAUGUGGUUCGUCUGUACGAGGUGAUCGACACACCGGCUAAGUUGUACUUGAUUCUGGAACUCGGUGACGGGGGUGAUUUGUACGACUACAUCACCAAACAGGGGUGCGGAUUGCACGAAAAAGUGGCCAAGCGUUAUUUCCGUCAAAUCGUCACAGCCAUUGCUUAUUGUCACAAAUUGCACGUUGUUCACCGUGAUCUCAAACCCGAAAAUGUCGUCUUCUUCGAAAAACUUGGUGUGGUAAAACUCACGGAUUUUGGCUUCAGUAAUCGUUUCACGCCGGGAAUGCAUUUGGAUACUGCUUGCGGCUCUUUGGCGUACUCAGCUCCAGAAAUUCUUCUUGGUGAUCCUUAUGAUGCCCCAAAGGUGGAUAUCUGGUCUUUGGGUGUGAUUUUAUAUAUGUUAGUUUGCGGUCGACUACCUUUUCAGGAGGUUACCGACAGUGAAACAGUAACCAAAAUUAUGGACUGUGAUUACAUCAUACCCGACUAUCUCUCCCCAGAAUGCAAACGUCUCAUCAGUCGGUUGCUGGUUCGUGAACCGGAGAAACGUGCUCAUUUAGAUGAUGUUUUGCUGGCAGACUGGUUGAAGCCGUGUGAGUCGGAUGAGUUACCCAUUGAGAUGUUUUCCGUCCCGCUUGUAUCCCGUGAAUGUCUAUCAUUCGAGGAUCAUAUGGAAAUUCUUUCCAAGAUGUCUGAAGGUCAGUUGGCCACAGUAGAGGAGAUUCAGUCGACUCUAGAUCGGAAUGAGUACAAUCACAUUGCAGCAACCUACUAUUUGUUAGCUGAGCGUAAACUGAAACGCAACUAUGUUGAACAAUACAAGGUUCUAAUGAGACAGGCCCAGAUGAGUGAAAAACUGCAGCGACAGCAGCAACAACAACUGCAGGAGAACUCGUGCCCACCUGAGAAAUCCUGGGUCGCUCAGUACAACGAGAUGUCUGGAAAAUCGGUCAACACGAACUCGGCCGUUCUUACCGGUACUCGCGUAGUUUCCUCGGUAAAUCAGACUGCCAAUCAGACCCCUGCGCAACCAACAGAAGAGCGUAUCAGACGAUUCAGCAUGAUCUUGGAGGAUGAGGAAGAAGAAGAGGAAGAGGAUCACAGGUCCCCAAUGAUUUCCACUUUUCGACAGUAUUUGGCUGAGGAGUAUGAGCGAGCUGGUCUUGUUGAUAAUGUCACAGCAGACAACAAGGUGCUUGAGUCCUGUUUAUCCGAGACCCUCAUGGAGGAGGAAGAGGAGGAAGAACUGAUGACCGUCGCAAAUCUGGCGUGUGUUCGAUCUGAUCUACUGGCGGAACAGGCUGGCAAUACCGCAACACUUGGCUUCAACAGUUUUUCCGAUCAUCUUUCCAACGCACCUGCUUUGACAAGACCAUGUUCUAGAACCAGUGGCUCAGGACUGGAGGCCUCUGACGGUGCUGAAUCUGAUGCUUCGCUGAGCAAUUGGAGUACUGGUGGUAGCACCGCUAUAGGUUCGGCCCCUACUGCCCGCGUCUUACACCCAGUGGAACUUCGUCGUAAAUCACAUUAUCGCCGAGGUGCCAUCCACCAUAGGCCGUUGAUAUCUGUUAAGAGUAGCCCACAGUUGUUGAAGCACAUAACAGAAGAAGACUGGAACGGUAGCAUUGGUGGAUUGGAUAAAGAUGGGACAUUCGCGUCGAACAAGCUUGACAGUGACUUUGAAUCUGAUUCAUCACGGCACAAUAAGCACAAAUUUCCAGAGUACGCAACCGGGACGCAUUCUUUACGCACUUCAUUUCGCACACGUUCCCAACGAGUUUCUUUAGAUGAACAAUCGAUGGGCCUCCGUUCCCGCCUUUCCUGGACCGGCCAAGGGGUCCGCUCAACCACUCACAGUCCCACACGGACAAGGAGAUUUUUCACAUCCACUGGUUACACAUCACGACCUACGAGUUGGAACACGGCCUUCAAUAUGAGUAUUCUCAAUGAAUUUCGCCGUCGCUCUGUCUGCUCGUCGCCCGUUGAACAAUCCAACCAAACAGGUGGCUUGCUGCCAAGACGAAAACCGCCAUAUCAGCCCUCUCAGAGCCUUGUCAGUGGCCGCAGCCAACUAAGCGAUCGACGUUGCAGUGGGCCACCGGGUUUAAUGCUGUCCGUAUCCAACUUUUACCAACUGAACACAAUUGCACCCGCGCCUAGUCGUUCUGGCUCGGAGUCCUCUUUUCCUGAGCAGGGUGACCACCAUUUCAGUCGGUUGCCGGAAACCUUAGAAAGCGGAAACUAUCUAGGUAUUCGACAGAAAUCCGGUUUGACAGAUCUGCCCAGAGAGUCAACUUCGGGCUUGCACACUGGUGAGGCCACUGGAUCAAAAGUAAACAACCACGCCGAUACCCACCGUUUAACUGCUAACUCUAUGACAGAGUAUAACCGACUACCAAGGUCUGAAACUCAUUCACCCACACAUCAAAUCUCCACACCCCAACGGUGCGCAUUGACCAGAUCUCCUCAUCGCGGUUUUAGCCCGACCCACAGGGUUGAUAAUUGGUGUAGGUCUGCGCCUUUGCUAUAUGGUGCCGAAUCAUCAUCCGUCAGUGAUACGUGGAGUCCCGGUUCGGGAGUUGCUCCCAACGGUACAACUCUGAGCUCUAUAAAUGGGGCUCUGUUGUCACAGGCAGGACCCACCGGCCUACGAGAACAUUGCACUCCUAUUCGUGAGGAAGAAGAUGAAGUUCUACGUUCAGGAGAGGUCAAUCAUCCUGUACCCUAUUCAAAAACUAUAGAGCCAAGUUACAAUCGAAGGAGACGCUCAGAGUCCUCAGACGUUCGUACCAGGUCAGCAGCUUUGCCGAAUUCGGAUGUAAUACGAACACUGGACUCAGAAUCUAUAUAUGCUCUAAAUCAAUCAGCAAUGAAUCCAUCAAGUUCCUGCGUUGACCGUACGAUGCCCAUCUCCCAACUAACCAAUUCAAAUUUUUCCCUCAGCUCCCUGGCCACCAGCCUCAGAGGUUCUCGGCAUAUGUUAGAUGUAGUCCGUGGCACAUUUGAACUCCAAUACCAUUACGGCCGUAGGACCGGUGGUUCCGUCGCUGGCGGCAGUAGUGGUGGUUAUCCGUCCGGACGUGCUUCAGCUUCAGCUUCUGUCCGUAGCUUGACAGCGAUUUCAGAGAGCCUCCCUAUCAGCACUGGUCUUAGCAGUGAUUUGCCAAUAAAUUCAUCGCGUAAAACAGCUCACUUCCGCUCUGGGUUGUCCUACGACCCUUCACUCACCAAAGGAAACACAGCUGGACGUCGCGCCAUCGCUGCUCGUCGUUCAGCGGCACUAAAUGUCAGCGGUCCACUUUUCUCAGGUCAUCGUUCACUCCACCACAACACCGAUCCCUCUGAUCACCUUUGCAUGACUUCUGAAAUGAUGCAUGGGUACGAUGUGGAGCGAGAGCAAAGGCAUCCUAACGACGGUCCUCUGCCACUCCGAAAUUCUCCCACAGCUGAGUGGACAAAUGUGCACUCCACAGAAUCCUCACUUGAAUGUCGUCAGGCAUCUUCCACAGUUCGUGGACUACAAGUUUUGCGACCUAAUGGUCUCCAUUUCUCCUCACCCACUUCUGGAUCUCAUACUAGAUCAGAACUUACAUCAGCUGGCUUAUGCGGUUUGCGACCUCAAUCAGCUUCCGGAGCCACUAUCCAUCCACUAGGUUCACAAUUCAAAAUCGGAUUGUCUCCUUUCAUUUCUUCGAUUCCUGCUAGCAUGGUGGGAUUUGACAAAGAUGGUGAUCUCAACCUAAUCGAUCGGAACACGAAGCGUACUUUAUCUGCUUCCGGUGACCAAGGACAACAGCGCCAGGGUAAUAAUAGCAGUAGUAAUGCCAGCACAGACAAAAAUAACAAUAAUAGUUUCAUCACAGCUGAUAAUGUGCACUUUCCUGAUUCCAAUCACAUGGUUUCUACCUUAGCACCUUGCAAGCGGACACGUUCUAGACAUCUGGUUCACACGUUGUUCCAAAAACAUGACCAUAAGGUUGCAUGCUGUACAAUAUCUUGA